AUGACUUCACCCUCUAUCACCGAGUUAGCUGUGAUAAUUUCAGAAAACACCGCCAAAGUUAAUGAAUAUCUACUUGCCAAAGAACUUCCUCUGCCUUCUUUCAACGUUGACGCUCCAAACAAACCACUCAUUGACCCCCAAGAAUGUCCUGAUGUUGAGGCUGCUAGAAUUAAAAUCAUAGAUGCUUCGCUGAUGAUGCGUGAUCUAAUGUUGGGACCGAAAGGACACCUCAUGAGCUUCAACCAUGACUCGCUCCUGAGUAUGCAAGCAAUCAGUCAAUUCAAUCUGGUGUCGACGAUUCCAAUCCAUGGGGAAGCUACGUUUGGUGAGAUUGCCGAAAAAAGUGGUGUCAAUGAAGGUGAUGUGAAACGUAUAUUACGCCAUGCUAUGACAAACCGGAUUUUUAAAGAGCCUAGUAAGGGUCUUGUUGCCCAUACUGCAGCAUCAAGGUUAAUAGCAGAGGAUACGCAAAUGGCAGACUGGGUUGGCGCUAGUACCGGUGAGCUCUGGCAAGCGGCUGCACAAACAGUACAUGCAAUGUUGAAGUAUCCUGGUUCUCAGGAACCUAAUGAGACUGGGUUUUCACUGGCGAAUAACUCUGAUAAAUCUACUUUUGCUAUCCUCUCCCAGGACCCCAAAAGAGCAAAGCGGUUUGGGAAUGCGAUGAGGGCAUAUACUGAGGGUACCGGGUUCGAUCUUCAAUACGUAGCUGAUAACUAUCCAUGGGCGGAUUUCGGAAAUGGUACUGUUGUUGAUGUCGGUGGUUCUCAUGGAUCUGCAUGCAUCACACUCGCAACUGCUUUCCCGAAACUUAAUCUCGUCGUCCAGGAUCUCCCUCAAGUAGUUGCAGGUGGUCCUGCAACCUUGCCUCUGGAUAUGGCCAACAAGAUCGAGUUUAUGGCCUAUGACUUCUUGAAAGAACAACAACCUGUGAAGGAUGCAGAUGUCUAUUUCUUCCGAUGGGUCUUCCACAACUGGUCCGACAAGUACUGUAUUCUGAUACUACGCAACCAUAUUCCAGCGCUCAAAAAGGGGGCUCGAAUUGUGAUCAACGAAUAUGUAUUGCCGGAACCGGGCGUAUUACCGAUUUAUCAGGAGGAGAGGCUGCGAUCGAUGGAUCUGACAAUGAUGGAGGUGCAAAAUUCGAGAGAGAGGGACUUGGACGACUGGGCAAAGCUUUUCCGCGAAGCAGAUGAGAGAUUUGUCUUUAAAGGUGGGAAACAACCUGAGGGCUCAUCAUUAUGGAUUUUAGAAGUUGAAUGGAAGUAA